GCGGCGCGGGGCAGGCGGUUCGGUCAUGGUGGGUCGGCUCAGCCUGCGGGAGGUGCCCGACCUCCCGGACAUGAGGAAGCGGGGCGACGCGGGGCUCGACAGCCCCGACUCCGGGCUGCCCCCCAGCCCCGGGCCCGCUCCAUCGCCCUGGCUCCUCUCCUCGGGCAGCCCCGACCGCGCCGCGACCAACGGGCUGCCGGAGCCCGACCCGCCCGCGCCUGCCGCCGUGAACUCUGUGUUCUCCCCCAGCCCUGUUCUCUCCAGCUGCCCUCCAAGAUUGUGUCCUUUAUCAUUUGGCGAAGGAGUUGAGUUUGACCCUUUACCACCAAAGGAAAUAAGGUACACAUCCUCGGUUAAAUAUGACUCGGAGAAGCACUUCAUCGAUGACAUCUAUAUGCCAGUGGGCUUAAGCGUGUCCUCUUGCAGUCAGACAGUCAUCUGUGUCCCAAACUGCACAUGGCGCAAUUACAAAGUCGAGGUCCACUUUGAGCCCCGCAACAAGCCCCAGCGUUUCACCAGCACCACGAUCAUCUACCCGAAGCACGCCAAGACUGUGUACACCACCACGCUGGAUUACAACUGUCGUAAGACCACGCGGCGGUUCCUCUCCAGCAUAGAGCUGGAAACUUCAGAAUACCUUGGGAACGACUGCGUCCUGGAUGGUUGCUGACUGACAGCUGUCUCUCUUGAUCUGAUCCAUCUCGGUCCCAUCUAAUGUACUGUGCUAACUCCACUAGCUAAAGCGGGUACAGACCCUCUUUCUCAGCUCUUAAUUCCUGCUUUAAGCAUCAGAAUGGCCUGAACGCGGUUUUCUGUGGGAACAUAACUUAGUAAGGAACUUGUUUGUUCACCUUUAAAGUCAUGAGUUCCCUCCCCUUCCCCACAGUGCAGUAAUCAGAUGAAAAUAAUGGGAAGUAUUUUCCCAGAGAAAAUAUUGACAGGUAAGAAAGAAUGUGGAAUAGUACCUGGCAGGUGGAAAUCCAUUUGAUGUUUUGUGGUGAUGUGCAAAAAUAAGGGUGAUUUGCUCUCUUGUAGGGAAUCUACCAGGUUAUUUGGUUACAGAUAGCCAGAGCUGUCCUUCAUUUCAGUUCAGAUCAUGAGACUGUUUUCUCUAGAACCACCUCCUGGAAAUUGCUGGAAAAAACUAACACAGAAAAAUCUAGAAUUCUGCAGUUUAAAAUGUUAGCCUAUGGCAGUCAUGUCCAGUUGGAAGGUGUGAGUUGGAAAGAAAAGGAGUUCUGAGUAGAGCAGGAGAUAAACUGCUUUUGCAGCUCCAGUCAGCAAGGAAAGGAUCAGGUAAUUCAAGUGCUAUAGGGGAAUGGUGUAUCUUCUGUUCUUACAACAACUUCUGCAGCGCUGUAGUCCGUGUAACAUGCUGGCAUUUCUGUGCAUGUAGUAGGAGUUGUAAUGAAGAAUAUCAGGCCAAAGAUUAUCCCUGUAUUGUUGGAAAGUCGGGUCUUGACAAUAUAGUGGUGGAAAACCAGAGGUGCCUAGUUUUUACCAACAUUGUACUGUCUGUGCUGAGGGAGUUGUAACUAGGAGUUGGAAAAUGCAUGGUGUAUACAGGGAUCUAGAAUGGAGGAGAUGCUGGGAUCAGUGUGAGACGCUGUCAUGGUGAGGGUUGUGAAGAAUUAGAAGGUAGCAAAGGACAGGCAGAUUUUCAUUGCAUACUAAAAUCCACAGCUGUAGCUCUGCUUCCCCACUGAGCUUCUCAUUGCAAAGGUCCAUGUCCUCUCUGGACUUUGGUAUUCAGGAUGUUACUGGGAUGGGGCAGCAUCUGCCUGUCUGUAGGCUGCUGAAUAGCCCCUCCAGUCCCAAGUGCAUGAUGAGAUUGGGGACCAAAGGGAAUAACUUCAGAUACUAUGAAAGUCCAUCUGGAUAUUAUGUGCGUUAGUUUAUCAUGUGCUUUAAUGAAAAUAAAUUGGAGAGAUUUCUUACUUUACCCAGUUUGUUCUUCCUAUGUUACAGGGAGCAAUGUAGUGUGGAGAGCAUCUGCUUUUGAGAGCAUGGGCUAGUGUUGGCUAUGUUGGUGGCUAGUGUGGUGUAGCCGCUCGGAAACAGUUGGUAGACUUGAUCUGGCUAGACAAGGCUUUUCCAUGUAUUCCAAAGCUCCUCUGAGGUGUCGGUAACCUUGUGGUAUAAUAUCAUCAGCCCUGGACCUGCUUUUAAAGAGGACUUUGCUAAUGCAUAGCCCCAAGGGUGACUUUUGUCAGUGGUGAGUUUGAAACUCAGGAGCCUAUUCUUGAGCUGUAGUUAACGUGUUUGUGCAAGUGUGGUGAAUGGUGUGGAAGUGCACUUGAGUGGGAGCUGAAAUGAUUUGGGAGAUUAAAAUGCAGCAGGAAGGCAGGUUUGUGUGAUUUGGUUCUUUUGUAGUUUUGUUUUGCUUUUUUACUUAUUUAUUAGCUCAGAACAGAAUGUCCUUAAUCUUUGGUACAUGCCUCAGAAAACCAGAUCCUAGAACAAUCCCAGGGUGACAAAGGUUGCCAAAGUCAGGUAGGCCUUGCUCCAGAGUGGGUAAGAGCAGCACUGUCUUCUCACUAAACAUGUUGGGUUUGGACUCCAGUGUUUAGGAAAUGUGUCUUAAAUACCCGUGUUGCAGUUCUCCCCCAAACAUUGCCCCAGGAUGUACUUGCUGUGUAGCAGAAGGCACAACUCAAGCCCUAUGCGUGUGGGAUUUCAAAGGGACAGAACUCCUUUGGGAAAGCUAUUGCAGCAUUGCUCGCUUGGCAGUUCCAUGUACCUUGCUCCUGAAACAUCUGGUGCUGGCCACUGUUGGACACAGGAUGCUGGAAGAACACGGAUCCUGGAUUGCUCCGACAACGCUCUUCAAAUGAAUUCAUUUGCAAGAGAUCUAAGAGAGGAUUAUUUUAAGUUGUAAUCAUUAAUUGUCUCUAGUUAGAAAUGAACUGACCCUUACAUAUGGUUUUAGGAUAAAGCACCUGAUUUUUAUACAGCAAACAAACUUAAUUAUGUACCUCUUAAAAACAUUUUAAUUGGUAGAGAUACCUUUUAAAUUAUUUAUGUCCCAGCAUUUGCAAAGCUCUGAUUAGCUCCGUGCAAGUGUUCUGAUGUCUGUGACGUUUCCCACCCCUUCCUUCUAAUUUUCCAUUUGUCUUUUACUUUAUUGUUAAUAAAUGAUCUGAAAACCA